UUUGUGUUGUUUGCAAAUGAUUCAAGACAAAAUAGCAUAAUAUUUGCAACCUGCAUGCAUUUCCCAAUUUUGCAGAGAGAAGUAAAUCAUGUAGAGAGAGAGAAGGAAAGACAUUGAGGUAUGGCCAAUGAGCAAAUCCAAGUGCUAAAUAAACUUGAUGUAGCAAAAACACAAUGUUACCAUUUCACAGCAAUUAUCAUAGCUGGUAUGGGAUUCUUCACCGAUGCCUACGAUCUAUUCUGCGUAUCACUUGUCACAAAGCUACUCGGUCGCAUAUACUACCAUGUCAAUGGAGCUGAAAACCCAGGGACAUUACCACCAAAUGUUGCAGGAGCGGUUAACGGCAUUGCUUUUGUUGGAACACUUUUCGGACAACUUUACUUCGGAUGGCUCGGAGACAAAUUAGGCCGUAAAAAAGUCUAUGGCUUGACAUUAGCCCUUAUGGUUUUAUGUUCCUUAUGUUCAGGUCUUUCUUGUGGAACUGGACCAAAAGCUGUGAUGACAACUCUUUGUUUUUUUAGAUUUUGGCUUGGUUUUGGUAUUGGUGGUGAUUAUCCACUUUCUGCUACUAUUAUGUCAGAAUACUCAAAUAAAAAGACACGUGGCGCAUUUAUAGCUGCAGUUUUUGCUAUGCAGGGUUUUGGAAUUUUAGCAGGUGGUGCAUUUGCUAUGUUAGUUUCAACUGCAUUUAAAUCAAAAUUUGAUGCACCAGCUUACAUGGUUGAUCCAUUAGGUUCAACGGUUCCUGAAGCCGAUUAUGUUUGGAGGAUAAUCGUAAUGUUUGGAGCAAUUCCAGCUGCAAUGACUUAUUAUUUAAGAUCUAAGAUGCCUGAAACUGCACGCUACACCGCACUUGUUGAGAAGAAUAUUGAAAAAGCUGCAGCAGAUAUGUCUAAGGUUUUGAACACAGAUAUUAAAGCUGAACCUACAAUAGUUGUUGAUCCUAUUCAAGAGAAGAAUCAAUUUGGACUUCUUUCGAAAGAGUUUAUGUCUCGUCAUGGUUUGCAUUUACUCGGAACAACAUCCACAUGGUUUUUGCUUGAUGUCGCAUUUUAUAGUCAAAAUCUUUUCCAGAAAGAUAUCUUCAGUGAUGUUGGUUGGAUUCCAGCUGCAAAGACGAUGAAUGCACUCGAAGAGGUUUUUAGAAUUGCGAGAGCACAAACUCUUAUUGCAUUAGGCAGUACAGUUCCUGGUUACUGGUUCACGGUUGCAUUCAUAGAUAGAAUUGGAAGGUUCACUAUUCAGUUAAUGGGAUUCUUUUUCAUGACACUUUUUAUGUUCACUCUUGCUAUUCCUUAUGAUUACUGGACACUUAAAGAAAACAGAAACGGGUUUAUUGUGCUCUAUUCCUUAACUUUCUUCUUUGCGAAUUUCGGGCCUAAUGCUACCACAUUUGUUGUGGCAGCCGAGAUUUUCCCAGCUAGGUUUAGAUCAACUUGUCACGGAAUAUCGUCUGCAUCAGGGAAAUUAGGAGCGAUGGUUGGCGCAUUCGGGUUUUUAUAUUUGGCACAGAAUCAGGACCCGAGUAAAGCCGAUGCAGGCUACCCUGCAGGUAUUGGUGUGAGAAACUCAUUGCUUUUGUUAGGUGCGAUUAACAUUUUGGGAUUCUGCUUUACUUUCUUAGUUCCUGAGACAAAAGGAAAAUCUCUUGAAGAAAUAUCAGGUGAGGAAAUUGACGAAAUUGUUGAUACUACCAGUCAUCAAAGCAACAAUAGUGGCAGAUUGAUGUCAUAUCCUUAGGUUAUGAGCUUAUGAUCAUCAUCAUCAUCAUCGACAAAACUACUAACUGUGCUCCAACCAGCUUGAACCAAGGUUGGCUCAAAUGUAAUGAGGAUGUAGGAUUUAUCUCAAUACUGGUAUUAAGUCAUCGGCGGGUCAAAAACAAUGGAGGCGAAUUUAUUCUAGUUCAAACUAGUUGGAAGUAUGCAAAGUUGUCUACGAUUGAACAGGUAAAGAUUGUGUUAUAUGAAGCAAUUCAGAUGACCAUCAACAAAGGGUAGUAGUAUUUGAGAGUGUAUCUCAAAUGUUAGUAGGCUCGAUUUAUCCGAAGUGACUGGUAGGUAGAUCAGAGUUUAGUUCUAUUAAUUUUAGCAUUCGUACUAGCUUGUGAAUAUUCGUACUAGCUUAUGAAAGUAAGUUUGAUUUAUUAAAAUAAAUAAUCACAACUCAAGUGAUGCACAAAUUUUAAUAUAUACUCCCCAUUAUGUGUUUCAAAUAUACAGUUAACAAUAUUUAUAGUUGAUGGUUAUAAUAGAAAAAUGUCACAAU